AUGGUGUUUAUUGACUUGGAGAAGGCGUAUGACGAGGUCCCAAGGGAGGUGCUAUGGAGGUGCCUGGAGGCGAAGAGCUUGCCGGAAGCCUACAUCAGAGCGAUCAAGGACAUGUACGAUGGAGCUAAGACUAGGGUUAGGACGGUGGGUGGCGACUCAGACCAUUUCCCGGUGGUUAUGGGGCUUAGCCAAGGAUCCGCGCUUAGCCCUUUCUUAUUUGCCUUGGGGAAGUUUUAUAGAGCUGUGGUUAGACCUGCCAUGUUGCAUGGGGCGGAGAGCUGGCCGGUUAAGAAAUCGCAUGUUCAGAAAGUGAGGGUUGCGGAGAUGACGAUGCUCAGGUGGAUGUGCGGGCGCACCAGGUGGGCGCCUGCAACAUAA